AUUUGGCCUCGUCGCCUUGGCUUCGGUAGUAGUAGCACAACAAUUUCCAGGAAACUUCCCAGGCAAUGGCAACGGUAAUGGCAAUGGGUUUGGGAAUGGCAACGGCGGCAAUGGAUUCGGAGGAAACUUCAACAACUUUGUCGGCUUCAACAUCCAGGAAGCGAUGCACACACGAAGAAUCCACGGCAUAUUAGGGACAAUCGCUUUCGUCAUCGUGUUCCCUAUCGGGUCGAUCGCGAUGAGAAUCAUUCCCGGACGCUUUAGCUGGCUUAUUCACGCCCUCAUUCAGAUGGCCGGCUUCGUUCUCUAUAUCGCUGCUGCCGCCCUCGGUAUCAAGUUGACACAAGAAGUCACAUUUGGUGGAACAAGUCUGUAUGAGAUCAGCACCAUUAACUUCCACCCAAUCAUCGGCCUCGUCCUUCUUGCCAUCUUCUUCUUUCAACCCAUCUUCGGCUACAUCCACCACGUUCAGUUCAAGAAGUACGGCGUUCGCCAGAUUUGGUCACACAUCCACCUGAUCAUCGGCCGCCUCCUCAUCCCACUCGGCAUCAUCAACGGUGGUCUCGGCUUAUACAUCUCCAACUCUCCCAAAGAGUUCAAGAUUGCCUACGCCAUCCUCGCUGCCGUCUUUGGCAUUGCGUGGAUCUUCGUUUCAGUUAUCAGCGAGAGCCGUCGCAGCCGCCAACCGGCUGUGGUCGUUGUCGAGGAGCACAAGCUUAGGAAACGGUCCCGUGGUCGCAACAGCGGAAGCCGGGGCUCGUCGGACUCGGAUCCGAAGAUUUAAGGAGCCGGGAGUGAUGGGUUACGAGUCACGAGAAGCCGGCUGUGACGAUCACGUCAUCUUCCUGGCAAGGGAACUUGGUUAUGGCACGUAGAAUCAGUGUGGAAACGAACAAGCUACCGAAGCGGACCUUUUGAAGUAGGUAGUAGGCGAUAAAGCAUGGAACUAUGACUGAUAUUGCGUUGAUUGUUUUUAUCUUGACAGAGAGUUUAAAAUACCA